UUCCCCGGCGGCGGCGCGCGCUCCCCUGCGCGCAGGCGCGGCCCGGUCGCCUAGCAACCAAGAACAACGGUGCCUAGGAGGCGGGGGCCGGCGCGGCAGUUGCAGCUCUCCGGGUCGGAGGGGCAGCGGCUGCGAGGGAUCUCCUGGCAGAAUGGGUAAAAAGAUAAAGAAGGAAGCAGAACCUCCUCCUAAGGAUGUGCUACCAAGAAAUCUUCAAAGACUGAACACUAUGGGUGCUGCAGGAAACCUAUAUUUUGAUCCAUUAACGAUUGAAAGUAAAAAAGUAGCAACUGUGGUGUUAAUGCUUAAUUCCCCAGAAGAAGAAAUUUUGGCUAAAGCAUGUGAAGCCAUUUAUAGAUUUGCCUUAAAAGGUGAAGAAAAUAAAGCUACCCUCCUUGAACUUGGAGCUGUGGAACCCUUAACUAAACUGCUCACCCAUGAAGAUAAAAUUGUAAGAAGAAAUGCUACUAUGAUACUUGGAAUCCUAGCUUCUAAUAAUGACGUUAAAAAAUUGUUGAGGGAAUUAGAUGUCAUGAGCUCUGUCAUUGCUCAGCUUGCUCCAGAAGAAGAAGUGCUUAUCCACGAGUUUGCCACUCUUUGCCUGGCGAACAUGUCUGCAGAGUAUACGAGCAAAGUGCAAAUAUAUGAGCAUGGUGGGUUAGAGCCACUCAUCAGACUGCUGGCCAGCCCAGACCCUGAUGUGAAGAAGAACUCUAUUGAGUGCAUUUACAACUUGGCCCAGGAUUUUCAGUGUCGAGCUAUGCUUCAAGAACUAAAUGCAAUCCCCUCAAUACUAGAUCUCUUGAAGUCAGAAUAUCCAAUUAUCCAGUUGUUGGCUCUCAAAACCUUAGGUGUUAUUACUAAUGAUAAGGAGGCACGAGCAAUGCUAAGAGACAAUCAAGGAGUGGACCACCUUAUUAAAGUCCUAGAAACUAAGGAAUUGAAUGACCUUCAUACAGAAGCACUUUCUGUGAUGGCAAAUUGCCUUGAAGAUAUGGAUACUCUGGUGCUGAUUCAGCAGACAGGGAUUCUUAAGAAGCUCCUAUCAUUUGCAGAAAACUCUACAAUUCCUGAUAUUCAGAAGAAUGCAGCAAAAGCAAUCACUAAAGCAGCUUAUGAUCCUGAAAUUAGAAAACUUUUUCAUGAACAAGAGGUCGAAAAAUGCCUUGUAGCCCUUUUGGGUUCUGAAAACGAUGGAACGAAAAUUGCUGCUUGCCAAGCCAUUUCGGUGAUGUGUGAGAAUUCGGGCAGCAAAGAAUUUUUCAAUAAUCAGGGGAUUCCACAGUUAAUUCAGUUGCUCAAGAGUGACAGUGAAGAAGUCAGGGAAGCUGCGGCCCUUGCCCUGGCUAAUCUGACCACAUGCAACACCGCCAAUGUAAUUGCUGCUGCUGAAGCUGAUGGAAUCGAUCCAUUAAUAAACAUCCUGUCUAGUAACCGGGACGGAGCCAUUGCCAAUGCAGCUACGGUACUAGCGAACAUGGCAAUGCAGGAGCCCCUGCGUGUGAAAAUGCAGAACCACGACGUCAUGCACGCCCUCCUCGGCCCGCUGUGCUCUGCUAACACGGUUGUGCAGAGCAAAGCUGCUCUCAUGGUUGCUACAACUGCCUGCGACGUAGAGGCCCGGACAGAGUUAAGAAAUUCAGGUGGACUGGAGCCUCUGGUGGAGCUCCUGUGCUCCAAGAAUGAUGAAGUGAGAAGGCACGCCAGCUGGGCUGUGAUGGUCUGCGCCAAUGAUGAGCUGAUGGCUGUUGAAUUAUUCAGGCUUGGGGCUCUAGAUAUCCUUGAAGAAAUUAAUCUAUCAGUAAGUCGAAAAAAUAAAUUCAGUGAGGCAGCUUAUAACAAAUUGCUCAACAACUACCUGUCUCUGAAAUAUAGCCUGACUGGCUAUUUGUCAUCAAGUAACAUAAUUAAUGAUGGAUUCUAUGAUUAUGGUCGGAUAAAUCCCGGCACCAAACUCUUGCCUUUGAAGGAUCUCUGCUUACAAGAACCAAGUGACCUACGUGCUGUACUCUUAGUGAACAGUAAAUCAUCUGAUGUUUCUCCACCUGCAUCUAUGGAAGACAAAUCAUCAGAUAUUGGUUAUGGACGGAGUAUUUCUUCCUCAUCUUCCUUAAGAAGAGUAAGCAAAGAAAAGACAAAUUAUCCUUUUAGUACCAGAUCUGGAUCUCCCACAGAAGAUAAACUGGAACCUACUUCUGGACGAAAUACUGCUGUUAGCAAAAGCACCACGAAGGAAAAAGGAUCGAGGAAAGGCCGAGGGAAAAAAGAAGAGGAAAAAGUGAAGGAGGAAGAAGAAGUGGCAGCAGCACCAAAAUUGACCGGAGAAGGGAGCCCUGAUAAAGAAUGGUACCCUCCCUCUGACCUUGACUUCUGUGUGUAUGUGGAUGAAGUGACCAAAUCGAUAUUUCCCAUAACCAAUAUUGAGGAACAGAUUGAGGCUCUAGCAAAGUAUGUGGCAGAAAAAAUGGGUGGUAAAGUUUCAAAAGAGAAGCUACAUGAUUUUGGCUGGGAACUUCAUAUAAGUGAACUAAAAUUUCAACUUAAAUCCAAUGUUGUACCAAUUGGACAGAUCAAAAAAGGAAUCUUCUACCAUCGAGCUUUGCUUUUCAAGGCUCUGGCUGAUAAAAUUGGCAUCGGCUGCUCCCUGGUUCGUGGGGAGUAUGGCAGAGCUUGGAAUGAAGUUAAGUUGAUGAAUGAAUCUCGUAAGGGACUGAUUGGGGCUCUUCCUCCUCUUGAGGUGUAUGUAGUUGACCUCAUGUUCCAUCCAGGCAGGUUGAUGAAGUUAAGAAGCAAAGAGGCAGACCUUUACAGAUAUCUCUAAGCUAUCAAAUGAACAAAAAGAGGCUCACACAAAAAAAGGCAUUACAUACACUUUCUAUGGCGUUCACCAAUUGAUUUUAUUUCUUUAAAUAAAAGUAUUAGACAUUUCUAA